AAAGUUCUACAAUCUUCCAUUUCUAGUAUAUCCUAAAACCCUACCGGCCGGCAGUGAUCAUUUUCAGCUCAAAAAAUGUCCGAUAUUCCGCCGGAGAUUCUCUCCGAUAUACUUUCUCGACUUCCGGUGAAGUCGUUGUUAAGAUUCAGGUGCGUAUCGAAAUCCAUCAAAACCCUUAUCGAUAGCCCUGAAUUCAUCGAAGCUCAUCUCAAAAAUCAAGUACUGAAACCAAAUUCUGAUAUGAAGCUGAUUCUCAAAGCUCACAUUGAUGCUGAUAACCUUUUCUCGCUUGAUUUCGCUUCAAUGGCGUCGACCCAAAUUCCCAGGGAGCUUGCACAUCCACUGAAACAUCUCUAUGGACCGACUCAGGUACUGGGUUCUUGUCGUGGGUUGGUUUUAAUUUCUAAUAACAUGAAUGAUAAUGGUGUUUGGAAUCCUUCUACUAAGGUGUUUAGGAAGUUACCCUUUUGUCAUAUAAACCCUCCGAGGAAACCCCUGGGUGGACAGGGUCCUGGGUUGUCUCAGAUUCGUGGGGGGUUUGGGUAUGAUCGUUUAGCUGAUGAUUAUAAGGUGGUUACGAUUGCACAAUUGUAUCAUCCUGAUGCUGAACCUUCGUUGGUUUCGGAAACAAUGGUUUUUAGUUUGAAGUUGGAUGUGUGGAAGAAGGUUCAGGAUUGUCCUUACUGGUUGCUUAAAGAGGAUAAUGGGACUUGUGCUGGAGGUGCAUUGCAUUGGAUUGUAACGAAGGAACCGUCAGCUUGGUGGAGUCCUUUGAUUCUUGUGGGGCUUAAUCUUCAAAAUGGGACUUUUCAGGAGGUGGAGUAUCCGGAGGAUUUGGGGAAUCCGCAACAGAUAAAUUUGGCUGUGUUGGGAGAAUGUCUUUGCUUGCUUAAAGGUCAUCUCACUUGUUCAAAUGCAAAGAAUCAUGUGUUGGAUCGUAUUGACGUAUGGAUGAUGAAGGAUUACGGAGUGAAAGAGUCUUGGGUUAAGUUGUUUUCGGUGGAGCAGUUAGAGGGUCGUCAACAUUUCCGUAACUUGAGGCCAAUAACAUAUUCAGUGACUGGUAAGGAAGUUCUUAUGGAAAUGGAUAAUAGGAAGUUUCUUUGGUAUAGUCUUGAAAGGAAGUCGCUCAAAUAUGCUAAGAUGAACAGUAAAUUGGACACUUUUGAAUCCAUUGUCUGUUUGGGAAGUCUUGUUCCUUUAUAUGGAGGUCGCAAUGAAAAGGAUAGGAAGAAAGGGAUUGAGCAACGAGAAUGACUCGGUGACAGUGGCAAUCAAAUGGAACUCUGAGGCAGUAUUAACAUUAUAGAGGGGGAUGUGUUUCAGUUUACAAAGGGAUGAAGAAUAUAGAGAAGAACCUUACUGAUAUAUAUACAAGUGCAAUACCUGACUUUUAUCUUUUGUUAGCAAACACAAGUUGUUGUUGUGUCUGAAAAACUAAUACAUUGAAGUAACUGUUACUUUGCUAUCUAAUCUAGACGCGUAAAAACCGCCUGAGGAAGCGUCGUACUGUUAGUAUUAACUAUUAACUAGCAAGUAUAGCAGUCUCUUUAACUGCUGGAAAAUUGUGGUUAUUACUAAUAUUUUGCCUGUUGA